AGGUAAGAAGACCAGACGCCUUUCUGCGAAGUGAAUUUCGUUUUCAUCCAAACGGCUGAUUCUGAGGAAGAAGAAGAAAGCGAAGAAGAAGAGAAAUGAAGAUGUCUUCACUUGCAGCAGCUAGAGCAGACAAUUUUUACUACCCUCCAGAAUGGGAUCCAAGUCACGGUUCUUUGAACAAGUUUCAUGGCCAGCAUGAUUUGAGGGAGAGGGCAAGGAAAAUAGAUCAAGGGAUUUUGAUUAUAAGGUUCGAAAUGCCUUUCCAUGUCUGGUGUGGUGGGUGCAAUUCUAUGAUUGCAAAGGGUGUUUGAUUUAAUGCAGAAAAGAAGCAAGUGGGAAAUUAUUACUCUACGAAGAUAUGAAGCUUUACCAUGAAAUCUCCAUGCUGCAAACAUGAGAUUGUUAUUCAGACAGAUCCAAAGAAUUGUGAGUAUGUGAUUAUUAGUAGGCUCAAAAGAAAGUUGAAGAGUUUGAUGUGGAGGAUGCAGAGACAUCAGAACUCCCUGCAGAUGAAGAAAGAGGUAAACUUGCGGACCCAUUUUACCGUCUUGAACACCAGGAAGGGGAUUUGCAGAAGAAGAAGGAAGCUGAGCCAGUACUAGUGCGCCUCCAGUGAGUAUCUGAUGCCAGACAUUCAGAUGACUAUGCCCUCAACAAAGCUCUUCGUGCCAAACUUAGAUUUCAAAAGAAGAGGGUUACUGAAGAGAAAGUUGCUUGCAGAAAAAAGGGCCUUGGUAUUCAAUUUCUUCCUGCAACUGAAGAAGAUGCUGCUACUGCUUCACAUGUGAAAUUCUCUUCCAAAUUUGAUAGAAAUAGGAAAGAUAAGCGAGCUAUGAUUAAAGCCGCUUCAAUUUUUUCUGAUUCAUUUGGGUCUUCCAUGUCAAAUAAGAAACGCAUGGAGCUGGAGUCCAAGAGAAGGAAAAUCUGUGCAGCUGCAGCAUCCAACUUGCUAGCAGGGGGCUUCAAACCAUCAUCAUGGUCACAAAGUUCCGUGUCCAAUAGUGCUUCUGUAGGAGGAAGAAAAUGUUAGGACAUCUGAAAGAUGAUGUUGUAUUCUGGUUCUGAGCUUUGGUUUAUAUGGAACUUGUACACAAAUGUAUCUACAGCUUAGUUUCUUUCUUCCCUACCCUCCUUUUUAUGUAGAAAAGGGAAAUGGAUCGAUGUUCUGGUAGGAGUAUUUGUGAUCACAACCAAUAGAGAGCAAUCUGUUUGGAAGGCAAGGCUAGAAGCUCAGGCUGGGAUUCAAAACGCUCCUCUUCUCAGUUCCUAUGGGACUGAUGAAACUGAAGGAAAUGGAGGUGACGUAUGGGUCACAUUGGUAAUUCGGCCCCAAAAUUUCUGUAAGCCAUUCCAACUUCCCCACAGUUCCACAAUUGAAGAUUUAUUAUCUUCUUGAAAAUGCACAUUUUGUACGUGUAAAUAUUUUAACACACAAUGGAUAUUCAUAUUUGUAUUUGUUACCAUGUUUUAUCUUCUUUGCCCAAACAAAAUUAAAAAUGUUAUAGGUAU